ACAACAGUUAAACCCAACAGAAUAUCGAAGCUCCGAAUCUUAUUACCCUCGAAUAAGCACUGAUCCUUUUCCUAUCAUCACUUACGAGUCAAACUGAAUCAACCAUCCCAUCCACUCCUUCGAUUAUUGAUUAUUGAAUUCUUGUUGGUAUAAGAAAGCUUGUUCUUUGUUAUGGUGAACGCUUGGGUGGGUGCCGCAAUAGGUUUGGCAGCACAAAUUGUCACGAAUGGAGCAAGAUUGCUUCCACUUUCUCGACGUCCUUGGGAGCACUUGGCAGCGAUGGGGCUAGGUGCUUAUAUUGGAAAAAUAUGGGGAGAAUAUCAGCGUGACAAGAUUGAGAGAAAAGAAUAUCGUUUAAGGAGAGAACUCGAAAACACAAGAAGGGAAAAUCGGAUGCGUCUCCAACAAGAAGAGGGACUUCAAAAUGGCGCAACUCAUAGUCCAUAACGAACAUAAUCUGUAUUUAUGAAGAGCAUCCUUCUUUCUUGUUGUCAAGGUUGUUUGUGAAUAAACAACGAAACUUCCUUACAAGUAUUGAUAAACAAGACAAGAUUGGU